UACAAUCCAAUCAACAUGAAAGUGUUCGUAGUUCUCGCUCUGUGUGCUAUUGCAUCGGCUUCUGCUGGCGUUUUGCCAAAGACGACUCCCAUCCAUCCCAAGGAUAGGCCCGCUAAUGUUGGCUCCAUUGAAGGACGCAUUACCAAUGGCCAGUCCGCCGACGAUGGUCAAUUCCCCUACCAGGUCGCUUUAAGCUUCUUCACCACCAGCGGUUCUGGCUGGUUCUGCGGCGGUUCUGUCUUAUCGGAAACAUGGGUUCUCACUGCUGCUCACUGCACUAGUGGUGCUAGUGGUGUUACCAUUUCCUAUGGUGCCACCAUUCGUGCCCAACCCAAAUUGACCCAGACUGUGACCAGCGAUAACUUUGAACAGCAUGAAAGCUACAACUCUCUGCUCCUGCGCAACGACAUCUCUUUGAUCAAGACGCCCGCAAUCGCCUAUACUACACACAUCAACAAGAUUGCCCUGCCUGCUGUGUCCAACACCUACUCCAACUAUGCUGGCAAGAGCGCUAUUGCUUCUGGUUAUGGUUUGGAGUCGGACAGUUCCAGCUCGGUUGCCUCCAAAUUGAACUGGGUUACCCUUCAAAUCGUUACUAAGGAUACUUGCGUCAGUGCCUAUGGCAGUCUGGUUGCCACCGACAACAUUGUUUGUGUUCAAACCACCAACUCCCAAUCUACCUGCAGCGGUGACUCUGGUGGCCCAUUGGUCCUGAGCGACGAACCUAUCAUUGUUGGUCUCACCUCAUUCGGCUCUUCGGCUGGUUGCGAAAAGAACUACCCAGUUGGUUUCACUCGCGUCACCAGCUACUUGGAUUGGAUCGUAGCCAAAACUGGUAUUAAAGCCAAUCUGGUUAACAUGCAGCUCUUUUUCCGUGGCUUAGAACAAAUUGAAGUUCUGGAGGUGUCUCAGGAUGCUACCAUUGCUGAUGUUAAGAAUCACUUGGCCCAAGUGCAUGGCUUCAAUACCGAGGAGAUCAUCCUGAACUGCGAGGGAAUGACUCUGGUCAACGAAUACCCCGUGACUGGACUUAACUCCUUCGAGUUGGACAUUACCAUUCCCAUGUUGGGUGGUAAGGUGCACGGUUCUCUGGCUCGUGCCGGUAAAGUUAAGGGCCAAACACCCAAGGUGGAGAAGCAGGAGAAGAAAAAGAAGAAGACCGGCCGCGCCAAGCGCAGGAUCCAAUACAACCGUCGCUUCGUCAACAUUGUCCAAGGCUUUGCCUCAGUGGCUGCCGACGAGAAGCGUGUCUUCUGGAAGGAUGUCCCCGUGGGCAAAUCCGUACAGGGACGCAUCACCAUGGGCUAUCCAGCCUAUGAGGGCAAAGUUCCUUACAUUGUUGGCCUGAUGUUCAGCAAGGAGAAUGGUGGCACCUGGUGCGGUGGUUCCAUCAUUGGCAACACCUGGGUGAUGACUGCCAAGCAUUGUACCGACUCCAUGGAGGCUGUGACCAUCUACUACGGUGCUGUGCAUCGUCUGCAGGCUCAAUACACCCACUGGGUUAGCCGCAAUGACUUCAUUGAGCAUGGAAGUGGCGAUAUUUCUUUGAUCCGUACUCCCCAUGUGGACUUCUGGUCGCUGGUUGAUCGCGUCGAAUUGCCUAGCUUCAAUGAUCGCUACAACAACUAUCAGGGUUGGUGGGCUCUGGUCUCUGGCUGGGGUAAGACUUCUGAUGAGGGCGGCGUUUCUGAAUAUCUGAACUGUGUGGAUGUGCAAAUUGGUCCCAACUCCGAUUGUGCCUCAUACUAUGGCUCCUUCUCGGAUGAUUUGAUCUGUAUCCCAACGCCCGAGAACAAGGGCACCUGCAGCGGUGAUUCUGGCGGCCCAUUGGUUAUCCACGACGGAAACCGUCAAGUGGGUAUUGUCUCCUUUGGCUCCUCGGCUGGCUGUCUGUCCAACGGCCCUAAGGUAUUCUUUGUGAUCAAAAUGAAGGGGUUUACACUCAUAUUGAUAGCAGCGAUUGCCUGCACCGCUGCGGCUUUUGAAAAGCCCGUGGUGGUCAAGGAUAUGCCAGCGGGCAAGGAUAUUCAGGGUCGCAUUACCAACGGAUAUCCUGCCUAUGAGGGCAAAGUACCCUAUAUCGUUGGCCUUGGCUUCCAGAGUAGUUCUGGUGGCUGGUGGUGCGGCGGUUCAAUCAUUGGCAACACUUGGGUCUUGACUGCCGCCCAUUGCACAAAUGGUGCUGAGUCGGUUACCAUCUACUACGGUGCCACAUGGCGUCUGCAGCCCCAGUAUACCCAUUGGGUGUCCUCGAACGAUUUCGUCCAGCAUCAUGAGUACAAUACAGAUACACUCCACAACGAUAUUUCUCUGAUUCGUACACCACAUGUGGACUUCUGGUCGCUGGUCAACAAGGUGGAACUGCCCAGUUAUGAUGAUCGCUACAAUAACUACUAUGGCUGGUGGGCUCUACUCUCUGGCUGGGGCAAGACCUCCAAUGAUGGCGGUGUCACCGAAUACCUCAACUGUGUGGACAUUCAGAUUGCCGACAAUUCGAUUUGUGAGGAACAUUUCGGUACCACAUUCAUGACCCCGAAUCAUGUGUGCAUUGCCACUCCUGAGAACAAGGGCUCCUGCAGCGGUGACUCUGGUGGUCCAUUGGUCCUCCACGACGGCAACCGUCAAGUGGCUAUUGUCUCCUACGGCUCAGCCUUGGGCUGUGAGGCAAAUGCACCCAAGGGAAUGACUCGCGUCACCAGCUUCUUGGAUUGGAUUCGUGACAACACGGGCAUUUCAUACUAAAUAAAUUUCAUUCACUAUUUAAAUUGCUGCAAAACAAAUGUUGUUGUUGAUUUA